AUGACCGAAGAUGGUGGAAGUGUUCCCUUGUGCAACACGGACACGACUUCUAUUACACCUUCUUCUAGGAGAGCAGACAUGCAUCGAAACAAAUCUCUGGAUAUUGACACGUCUGGAGUUGCUAAAAAUGAUCGCUUGUGGAGUGCUGGUGGUCAAGAACGAGCAAAAGACGACGGCGAUGGUGUACACGAACUAAGCAAGCGAUUUCUCGCCAGCAAUCACGGUGCGAGGACCCUCCACAGCGGCUAUCAGGCCCACUUCAGAGCACGUCGGGAACACGAUGCUGCAGUCACUGGCGAAACAAGCUAUCGCGCGAGCUUUGAUGAUCUCAACAAAAAGCUCUCAGAAUACAAAGCUCGUUGGGAAAAAUCUGUGAGUCAGAUGAACUUGAUCAAGGACGAGACAUCGCGAAUCUUGGCCGAGCACCAUGACCAUCAUGGCCCAAUCGAAGAAACGAUGUCGCAAUUAGCGCCCGCUGGGAAUCCGUCUCAUUUUAUGGUCAGCUUUUAUCCAUCUGUCUCAGCAUCUAGCUAGUUGUUACCCUUUGAAAAGGUGGAUUCAAGUAUCAAACAAAAAGAAGUACUUUUACUCAAUAAUUGAAAUCUGGGUAGUCCUAGUGCGAGGCCAUCGUCGUGCUCAACUCUGUGAAGGCCUGCGGGCUGCUGCGGGGUGCUGGCCCACGGACCUCUCUGGCUCGCGGCGCUGGACAAACAGUGAGUAGGUCGUGGAUUCUUCAAGCACAUCAGUCUAAUCGCUACGUUGCUACCGGCUUCGGAAAGCGCAGGCUUCUUUUGCUCGGCGAUCGUGAUGCCGCACGUUGGGGUCUCCCAAAGCAGCUGCA